UACAAAGCCAGUGGAAAAAAAGAAUAUUAAGAUCACGAUGGAGGAUUUUCUCCAUGCAAUCCAUGAAGUUCAGCCUGCCUUUGGAGCCUCCACAGAUGACCUGGUGCGCUGCAGAUAUGCUAGGACGUUGCUGCUAUGGUCAAUGCAUCUGAGGUGAAACAUGAACCAGCUCAGCCUUUUUAACUGCAUAGCUACCAUUGAUAACGUUGUGUGGGACUCUAGAUGAAAUGAAGAAACUUUUCAUUUCCUAAGGAAGUCAUUCAGGCUGAAUACUUCAGACUUCUACUCAAACCAGUCACGUAGUUGGUUUUGUCAUUUUCCGCUGUGUUUUUUUUUUUCGUUCGCUUGCCUCUUCUUUCUUUCUUUCACUACUUAUUCAAAAGGGUAACCAGAAGUAUUGCAUUCACCUGAUUGAGCUACUUAACAAUCGUGUUUGUUCUCUUUAAAGUUACCUAACUGCAAGAGCAUGCCCCUUGAUACCAGGCAACGUGAUUUGCCUCCUCAACUUUGCUUUGAGGAUAACACAGCUCGAACUGUCCCUCUCCCUGAGCUUGGGAGACCAUAUGCAGCUGAGCUUCAGGCUCGCUGUUUGCAGCCAUCGCCACUCCAGUCUCUUCUGUGGAGUCAUCAUGAUAAGGAGUCUUGUGGAAAACGGUUCUCAAUGUCUGACAUGAGGUCUUGGUGCUCUGCUGCUGCUGCUACUCCACAUGGAGCAUUAGAGUCUUAAGGACUUAUGAUAUUCGAUCAGUCAGGAAACCUGAUAGCUGGAAGCUCAAUGAAAUCUUUGCCACUGGAAUUGUCUUGGGAGGCUACCAAGCCGUUAUGAGUGUGAUUUUCUUCUGGGUGAUUCACAAGACUGACUUCUGCUCGGUAUGUGUUAGGGAGAUUGUAUAGAUAAAUAUAUUGUGUAAGCAACUAAUACUUACCUUUUAUUUACAUGACAAGUUUGGUGUGAAGUCAAUCAGGGACAAUAACGAUGAACUAAUGUUUGCUGUGUACCUACAAGUUAAUAACAUCAGCCAAGCACUUAUAUUCGUCACGAGGUCAAGGAGUUGGUCAUUCGUUGAACGUCCUGGGGCGCUUCUGAUGAUUGCAUUCGUCAUUGCACAACUGAUUGCUACUUUGAUUGCAGUGUAUGCAAACUGGACAUUUGCAAAGGUGAAGGGUAUAGGUUGGGGAUGGGCUGCUGUGAUUUGGGUUUACAGUAUUUUAACAUACAUCCCACAAGACAUUUUGAAGUUUGCCAUUAGAUACAUCUUGAGUGGAAAGGCUUGGGUCAGCAUGUUUGACAAAAGGAGCGCUCUGACGACCAGGAGAGAUUACGGUGCUGGAGAAAGACAAGCUGAGUGGGCGAGAGAACAAAGGACGCAGCACGGUCUGCAGACAAGACAAGAGGUCAACGUCUUCCCAGAGAACGAGGGUUACAGAGAGCUGUCUCAGAUCGUUGAGCAAGCCAAGAAAAGGGCCGAGAUAGCUAGGCUUAGGGAGAUUCACACAUUUAAGGGACAUGUUGAAUCAGUCGCAAAGCUAAAGGGCAUGGACAUGACUAUUCCCAAAAACUCUCUUUUUUAAUUGUUAGUCAUUGUUCCUAAACUUCUAAAAUAGAGCUUUGCAUUUGCCUUUGAAGAAACAAGGCUUUUGCGUUAAGAGUAUAUAUAUAUAUAUAUAUUAAAUUGUUCAUGCAAUUGAAUUGGUUUUCCAAAAAUUAUCAGUUUAAUAUCAAUUACAAAGCUUGGGUUGGCAAAAUCAUAGAAUAAAGGGUAAGCUUUAUAUAUUAUAACACCUGAACGUGAAAUUUUAUAUUUGUGUACAUACAAUGUAUAUGUUUUCUUAUCCUAUCCACAAGAAAGCACUCAAGCUUGGGCUUUAUCAUUCACACAUGCACUUACAUGUUAUCUCUUCU